AUGGUAACUUCGCGACAAAUCCAAUGCCCUCGCCCCUCAGUAGCUCCCCGCUGUUUUGAGUUUGGCUGUUUUCAGUCUCGUGGUUUUGUUUACGAUGAUCCUCUUACAAAUUAACUGUGCAGUAUUAUAACGUUUUACAUCGCAAGUUUCUAUAGUACUGGCUUGAAGUUUGACAAAUAUUGUCAUAACACGUGAUUAAUCUAAUUUUUUUCGUAAUAAUGGUUUAUUAUUUUACGAGUGAAGUUGUACAACCACCAGUAACAUUAUUUAUGGGAGUUGAUAAAUACGAGAACGAAAAUCUUAUAAAAUGGGGAUGGCCGGAAGAUGUUUGGUUUCACGUGGAUAAAUAUUCGUCAGCCCAUGUAUAUCUACGUCUUCAUCCUGGGCAAACAAUAGAUGAUAUACCAAGCACUGUUUUAGAAGAUGCUGCACAAUUAGUAAAAGCAAAUAGCAUUGAUGGUAAUAAAAUAAAUGAUGUCGACGUAGUAUAUACAAUGUGGUCCAAUUUAAAAAAGACUCAGGGCAUGGUAGUAGGACAAGUUGGUUUCCAUAAAGAUAAAGAUGUUCGUAAAAUGCAUGUUUCUAAACGAAUAAAUAAUAUUGUUAAUCGUUUGAAUAAAACUAAACGUUCGGAACAAGUAGAUUUUAAAGCACAAAGAGAACAGCGAGACAGAAACGAACGAGAAGAUAAAAAGAAACUUAUAAGGGAACAAAAAGAAAAGGAAAAAGCAGAAGAGAAACAAAGGAAAGAGGAGGCAGAGAUGAGAAGUUACAAUUCCUUAUUCAAUUCAUCCAACAUGAUAUCAAACACAGAGAAUACUGGAUAUGAUUCGGAUGAUUUUAUGUGAUAAAAUUAUUUAUAUUAUUAAUAAUGUAUGCCUAAUAUAGAGUUAAUAAUCUUGACAAAUAGAUAGAUAUGUUUAAAAUUGAAACAAAAACACUUAUGACUUAAAAAUUUGAGGCUUACAUUGCUUUUAAAUGAAAUUAUUCUUCAUGUA